UGUUUAAUGAUCUGAAGUGAUAAGAUUCUUUACGACUUUAAAUAUUCAAACUCCACCCUCCAUGAGUGCAUAUGGUCACACCCUUCUAUAUCGCUUUGCUUAAAUUAAAACAGGUUUCCCAAACUCUCAGUUCUAAGCAUCUAAAACAGCUCAGUGCGUGCAAACAGGAACGCUCUGGAUAAGAAGUGUCAGUUCAUUUUCCCAUAUUCUGGAUUCAUGUUGCUGUACCUCCUCUACGCUGCUUUCUUCCUUGUCAUUGGAUGGUUUAUCAAGGAUCGCCAAAAGAUCCGGGAUGUCAAAGACAAGUACAUUCUUAUCACUGGUUGUGACACAGGUUUUGGCAACCUUCUGGCGAAGUGCUUGGACCGCCAGGGAUUCCGUGUCCUUGCUGGCUGCCUGACGCAAAAAGGUGUGGACUCCAUGCACAGGUGCAGCUCAUCCAGACUGAAAGCCAUCCUGCUCGAUGUGGCUGACAGCAUCAGCAUCCAGAAAACAGCUGAAUGGGUCCAGGAAGAGGUUGGAGAGAAAGGUCUCUGGGGAUUGGUCAACAAUGCAGGCAGAUCCACUCCAAUUGGUCCAACGGAAUGGAUGGAGAUGGAGGAUUAUUAUAAGGUCUUGAAUGUGAAUCUGCUGGGAUUGAUGGAAGUGACGCUCACCUUCCUUCCAUUGGUCAAGAAGGCCAGGGGCCGGAUUGUGAAUGUGGCCAGUGUUUUGGGCAGGAUAUCGUUUCUGGGAGGUGGAUACUGCCUCUCCAAGAAUGGAGUAGAGUCUUUCUCUGACAGUUUGAGACGGGACAUGCAAAGCUUUGGUGUACAGGUUAGCAUUAUUGAGCCCGGAUUCUUCAGGACAGCUGUGACAAAUCUGGAGACCAUUGAAAGUGACCUGCAGAGACUGUGGGGCAGGCUGUCUGAUGAAGUCCGCGAGAGUUACGGACAGAAAUACUUUGAAAAUUAUUUGAAGGUCCAGAAGUUUUCCAUGAAGAUCCUAUGUGACAGUGACCUGUCAAAAGUCACCGACUGCAUGGAGCAUGCGCUCACUGCCCAAUACCCACGCACGCGGUACGCAGCUGGAUGGGACGCCAAGUUGGUCUGGAUUCCGCUUUCAUACAUGCCGACAGUAGUUUGUGACUUCCUGCUCUCUACCUUGAUUCCGAAGCCUUUCUCAGACGUCCAAUAGACGCAGCCUGACCUGCUGUGUUUCCAGCAUUUUCUGGUUUAUUUGCCUAGGAUUGGUCCCUGGACAGGUAGUGACACCAAGACCUGGCUCCUUAAUUGAUUGCUCAGUGAAUAUGCUCCCAGUGCUCUCAGAUGAGAAUAAUGCUACAUCUGGGAAAGUGCUGGAGGGAACCCACUAAGGAGUCUGUCUAUGCCUUCAGGACAUGGUACAAUUGGUGAGUCUGGGGGAGGGAGUGAAACAUAUUAUCUGUAAAACACAUUAAUCAUAUUGUUAUUAAUUAUGAUGAUAAUUUUGGCUAACUAUAGCAAAGCUGAGAAUACAUGUAUCAAUACAAUAAAAUUU